CUUUUCCAAGUUGGAAAGGACGAUAGAAGAAAAAUCCUAUCGUGUAAGAACUACUACACAUUUAAGUUAAGCAUUCUUGGUCACUCAUUUCAACCGUAUAACAAAUCAUCUUUAAUGUAAAUAGUUUCUCGUGUAAUUAUUAUAUACCGACCUUAGAAGAAGAAAAUCAAAGAAGUGAAAGAAGCAAAAUGGUUUCUUCUUCUUCUUCUUUAUCUGAGGUAAAGAUUAUCUCAGAAUCCUUCGUUAAACCCAAAACCUUCCCUGAAAAAUGGAAAGAGCCAUACCAUCUAUCACUAUUGGAUCACUUCUUGCUCUCUUUGCAUUACAUCCAAAAGGGUCUUCUCUUUCUCAAACCAUCUGAUGGUGCAAUCAAACCACAAGACUUCAUGGAGACUUUGCUGCAAAAGCUCAAAGACUCUCUAGCCACAACUCUUGUCCAAUUCUAUCCUCUAGCUGGUCGCCUUUCGACUUGGAAAACCGAUGAUGCAAGUUCCUAUUCUGUGUUUGUGGAUUGUAACAACAGUCCUGGAGCUGGAUUUAUCCAUGCCAAAUCUAAUCUAAGUGUUGGAGAUAUUGUUGGUUCUAAAUAUGUUCCUUUGGUUGUUCAAUCUUUCUUUGAUCAUCACAAAGCAGUGAGUGGUGAAGAUCACACCAUGAGUCUCUUAUCAAUAAAGGUAACAGAACUUAUAGAUGGAGUAUUCGUAGGACUGUCUAUGAAUCAUGCACUUGGAGAUGGAAGUUCCUUCUGGCAGUUCUUUAACUCUUUGUCCGAGAUCUUCAACUCACAAGAAGAAACCAUUAGUAACAAACUACUCUGUCUCAAGAAUCCUCCAAUCUUCCGUGAAGUGUCUGGUCCUAUUUGCAGAUUUCCCUUCACGCAACCUGAUGAUGAGUCCAUUCAUCGAACCGAACCUCCGGUCCUGAAGGAGAGAAUGUUCCACUUCUCAUCUGAAAAAAUGAGAUCACUGAAGUUAAAGGCUAAUCAAGAGUGUGGUACAACAACAAUCUCUUCUUUUCAGUCAUUAUCCGCAUUUGUAUGGAGAAGCAUUACAAGAGCAAGGAGAUUACCAAAUGAUCAAGAAACUACUUGCAGGCUUGCUGCAGGCAAUAGAUCAAGAAUGGAUCCACCAUUGGCCAAGAACUACUUUGGUGUGUACAUCUCUCUAGUGAAAACGACUGCUAAAGUAGGUAACCUCUUAGAGAAUGAGUUUGGAUGGGCUGCUUUGAAGUUGCAUCAAGGUGUAGUUGAACACACUGACAAGAAGAUCUCUUCAGACAUGGAGCAAUGGUUGAAGUCUCCUUCUAAUAAUCGAUUUUUCGAUACAAACGUAGUUCAUAUGGGAAGCUCACCAUGGUUUAACAAGUAUGGAAGUGAGUUUGGGAUGGGGAAAGCGGUUGCGGUUAGAAGCGGUUAUGGCAAUAAGGUUGAUGGGAAGGUAUCAGCUUAUCCGGGAAGAGAAGGUGGAGGAAGCAUUGAUUUGGAAGUGUGUCUUCUUCCAGAGUUUAUGGAAGCUUUAGAAUCAGAUCAAGAGUUCAUGUCCCUUGUCUCUUCUUCUUGAUCCUGUUAGCUUCUGUUUGUUGUCUGAUCUUUAUUUUAAGUUACAUUUCUUAGCAUUACCAUGAAACAGCCUUUAAUUAUUAUAAUAAGAUCAAUAAACUUCUCAA